AGACAAAACUUAAAAAAAAAAACAUUAAAACCAGCAACCCAACAACGUAGGUCUUUAAAUAUUGUUGUAAACAAUGAAAUCGAGUUUAAAUUAGUAUGUAAAUCGCUCCAUCGACGCAACCACAAACACGUCACAAUUCACGGACAAUUAAACUUCACUGUGCUCGUGCACGGUACAAAUUGGGACUCGGAGGAUGACGACAACGUUUACAUUUACAAAAACGGCUGAUAACAGUCACGCUUCGACUGGUGUGAAUGAGCAGCUCCAGCCGCAGAGUGGAGCAGCGCGUCCUCGUGUUGACUUGGUGAGAGAGAGAGAGAGAGAGAGAGAGAGAGAGAGAGAGUUGUAUGACCGAACGAACACAGCAGCGAGCGCAGAUCUGCGGCCACAAACAAACGCGCGCCGCCCGUGUGUCUCUCUGUACCUGCCGCCGGAGAUACUUAUGGUCGCCGUUGGUUGAAUUAACCGGAUUAGCUACACUAACCCCGUGCUGGCUCUGCUCGUUUUUAACGCGGACCUCCGACGAUAUCUAUGUAUUAUUUAGACUGAAUCGAGCCAAAAUGACGGAGCUAAGAAGGCGAGGUGGAGGAGGAGAUCCCGACAGCACAGAAAACAUCAGCGACAAGGAGGCAGAUGGUGAUGACAAGCUUGGUUUUCCCGGUGAAGCAGAAGGAGACACAGAGGGCGACUCCAAAGCGGACACACCAGACGUACCACCUUCCAUAGAUAACACUCCACAGUGUUUGAACAAAGCCUUGGAGGGCUUGUCAUUGAGAUGGAGGAACUGGUGGGUAAGAGGCAUAUUGUCAUUGACAAUGAUCAUUGGCUUCUUCCUCAUCAUCUAUUUGGGACCCAUCAUGCUCAUUUUAGUGGUCAUGAGUGUUCAAAUCAAGUGUUUUCAAGAAAUCAUAACCAUUGGUUAUAGAGUUUACCAUUCCUAUGAACUGCCGUGGUUUCGGACUCUUAGCUGGUACUUCUUGAUUUGUGUGAACUACUUCUUUUACGGCGAGACGGUUGCAGAUUAUUUUGCUCUCGUCCAUAGGGAGGAACCUUUGCAGUUCCUCGUGCGUUAUCAUCGCUUUAUUUCUUUUGCUCUAUAUUUGGCAGGUUUCUGCAUGUUUGUGCUGAGUUUAGUGAAGAAACAAUACCGCCUGCAGUUUUAUAUGUUUGCUUGGACCCAUGUGACCUUGUUGAUUGUGGUGACUCAGUCACAUCUGGUCAUUCAGAACCUGUUUGAGGGAAUGAUCUGGUUCAUACUUCCAAUCUCUACUGUGAUCUGUAAUGACAUCAUGGCCUACCUGUUUGGCUUCUUUUUCGGAAGAACCCCACUGAUAAAGCUCUCCCCUAAGAAGACGUGGGAAGGCUUCAUUGGAGGAUUCUUUGCAACGGUGGUCUUCAGCUUCUUGUUUGCGUACCUGCUGUCCCAGUACCAGUACUUUGUAUGUCCGGUGGAAUACAACAGCGAGACGAAUCGUUUUACUGUGGAGUGUGACCCCUCAAAUCUGUUUGUGAUGCAGGAAUACACGCUGCCUACUGCGGUGCAGAAUGCAAUAAGAUGGAAAACCGUCAACCUCUACCCAUUUCAGAUCCAUAGUAUUGCACUCUCUUCGUUCGCCUCUCUGAUCGGACCAUUCGGUGGAUUCUUUGCCAGCGGCUUCAAACGUGCUUUUAAAAUCAAAGACUUUGCUGACACCAUCCCUGGUCAUGGAGGGAUCAUGGAUCGCUUUGACUGUCAGUACCUGAUGGCUACAUUUGUUCAUGUUUACAUAGCAAGUUUUAUCAGGGGACCGAAUCCCAGUAAGGUCUUACAGCAGCUGCUGGUCCUGCAGCCGGAGCAGCAACUCAGCAUCUUCAACACACUGCGUAAUCACCUGCGGGAACAGGGUGUGCUGCCCCCUGCUGUGGCGGAGGCGCAAUGACAAAAAACCCACUGCACACAAAACCAGCUUAUGUCUUGUUGACUGUGAUCACACAGGCACACUCCCAUCUAACUGUAAGCCAGCGGCUGACGCUUCCAUAGAAACAUCUGAGAGUGACGUGUGCUGAAAAUCUUACUCUCACUUUCAACCCAUGAAAUAUUCAGAGAAUGGAAAUGGCCACAGGAGGGAGACUUUUUUUGGAAAAUCAGAGUUCUUCCAAACAACAAACAUGCAAAACAAAAGAACGAUUUUCAUGGUAAGUGAAUGUAUAGCACUUUACAGCGGGGUGACAUUGUUGCACUGAUUCUGAGAGUGAUUCUGUCCUUCCGUACGAGUGCUUUGUGACUGCAAUAACUCAUGGUGGUGACUUUGGAGAUUCAUAAUUGUCAUGGUUAAAUAAGCUUGAUUUAUAACACGGUCCUAAACUCAAACCAUUACAAAACAAGUUCGAAUACAGAAGCAUGUUUUAAGUCCUACUGUUACUGCUUAAAAUAGCCAUGUCCUUCUUUCCCUUCCACAAUGAAUGGGUUUGUGUGAGCGUCUUGUGUGUACAUAUCUCAUGUGUAUUAUUGUACACAGAUAAGAUAUAUUAGAUCAUAUAUAUAUAUAUAUAUAUAGAUUAUAUGUUAAUUGAAAAAUAUAUGACUUGGCACACUAUACAAUAGAACGUUAUGAAAUUAUAUGCAAAAAGACCUAGACCUGUCUUAUUUUCCUCGAUCUAGCACGAUUAAACCUCUGUAGAGGUGGAGAAUGACUUGAGUGGGAAAGAUGAUCUGUGAAUCUGCUGUGUUUACUCUACUCGAUCAUUCAUUUUAGUUGCACUGUAUCCAGAAGGGUCAACAGACUCUUUACUCUUUUGCUUUUAAUAUCAUCAAAUAUUGGUGCUUCAAGUAUACGUGAUAUUUUAAAAGAUUGAAACAUGAGUAGUGAAUCGUUUUAGAAAUAGACACUUAUGUAAAUAUAUGUAUUGCAUUGUCCUCCCUGCUAUAUUGUUUUUACCAAAUGGAUUACCAAAUAAUAUGUACCAAAGCUUUUGCUGAAAAACAGUGAAUCACAUGAAUCUAAACGUCGUCAAAUGGUGCAACCUAACUUGAAGAACAAUAAAAUCCAACGGAGUUGAAACAUUUAGGAAAUUAUGUUUCUAUAAGGCACUACAUAUGUGACCCUGGAUCACAAAACAAGUCUUAAGUAGCACGAGAACAUUUUAGUUAAACCAAAAACACAUUGUACGGGUCAAAAUGAUCUACUUUACUUUUAUGCCAAAAAUCAUUAGGAUGUUAAUUAAAGAUCAUGUUGCAUUAAGAUAUUUUGUAAAUUCCCUACAUUAAAUAUAUAAAAACUUUAUUUUUUGUGAGUGGAUGGCCUGCCAGUGCCCCUGAUUAACAACUUCAAAGGCAAUUUUCUCAGAUAUUGUCCUGAUCUAACAACUCAUACAUCAAUAUAAAUCUUAAUAAUUCAUCUUUCAGAUUAUGUAAAAAUCUCAAUUCCGAAAAAUUGACACAUAAGACUGCUUUAGUUUUCCAGGGUCACAUAUCAUCUUUACUCUUUGCCAAGCUUCUCGUGCAAUAACUUGUGAAUGGAUGUGUAAUUUCUGUGACUGUUGCCCCAAUUACACAUCGGCAGACCCACACAGAAUCUACAGAUGAAAAUCUAUGCACCCGUUGAUAUUCACCACCCGUUGAGUGGUAUAAAAGUAUACAGAAAGUCAAAUUCUGUACAUGGCACUUACACCUUGCAUGUUUAAGAUUUUGGUUACUACUUUCAGCUACCCACAUAGCCAGCUCAGCCCAGAUAUUAAAUCCAUUCAACACAGAAAAGAAAAAUGUCAGUAGAUUCCGUGUGGGACCGCACAUUGAGGACUCAGUUUGGGACCAGUUGUGUUUAUUUUUAAAGCUAAAUUUCUGUGACUAUGUGAGCCGUCUUUAUUAAUUCCUCAGUAAGUUUACAUAUUAUUUUCCUGCACAAAUGCUACCCUAUAGACUACAUACUGUACCUGUGGGUUUGGCUCGAGCAGCUUUAGACAUGAUGCAUCCAUGUGAGAAUGUAGUUUGUGUAAUAAUUUAAACCCUAUCAGACCAAAAAGAGCAUGCACCUCCUCUGUCAGGUGUCUAGAGUUGUUUUGUGGGGUUUUUUUGAAAGCUGCUGUAUGAUUUAAGUUAUAUGUUACCCGAUGUAUAAUGUUGUGCAAGCUUCUACUGUUACAAUGUUUAACAGCAAAUGGGUUUAACAGUUUAAUUUAAUCAUCGCAGUUUGUUUUACAUUGUUUUGAAAAAAUUUAGAUCCUUUAUUUAUGUGUCUGUGUUUGAUUUUCACAAUUGUUUUCUAAUUUAAAUGGGUAGGUUUUUAGAUGUGAACAGAAUAACAUUAUUGGCAGUGGUGGGAAAAUAAAGCUAGGUCAUUUAUUAUUAUCACUUGGUGAAUAAACUCUUUACUUUAACCCA